AUGUCGAUAGGUAUUGUGAGUCCUAAAGGUUAAUUGCAGUAACGAUAAUCAAGUAGGUUUAACUUCUAAAUGAAAUAGGAAGUCUGAGGGCUUGACCUGCAGGCUUAGGCAAAGGCUUGGCCGGCACCUGGCCGACUUUCCUCUUGUAUGAUCCGAAAACAGGGGUCUGUGUCGAGAUUGGUUGUUCCGAUGAUCGGAAGCUGACAGCCGGCUCAGUGCCAGAAACGGCGGACGCAGUCUCCUUCGACGUCGGCGUCUCUCCCGCCGACGGCACUCUCGUCGCCGCCUCGAUCUUUGCGUUCCGUCUAGACACGACCGCCCUCUUCCCUUCCAAGAGACAGCACUUGGUCCGAACUUUUCCCUUUUUCCAUCUUACUUUUUUCUCUCCGUCUACUUCUUCUCGCGCGUCUCCUCGUGUAUCUUAUCGGCCGCCGUCUCGCACCAAACGUUCUCGAAUUUUCAAACUGACUUUCAACAAUUAACUUAAUGACUUAUUCAAAUAAUUAGUACUCACUGCGCUCUUUCCUGCAGCGAAACGCUCGAAAAAAGAGUUCUCAUAAUACUGCAGUGUUCAGAGUACGGCCUAUAAGUUUUUCUUUUUUUUUAAACUUUAUUUUAACCUAUCCAUAAUGUCGAUUCUAAACCUUUUCAAGAGUUAACAAAAAGUAAACUUCUUGUGCUUGUUGAAAGAUUUUUCACUCAGGAAAAUCUAGUCCAGAAUCCUUGCUAG